AUGGGUGACACAUUUCAGUCGCAACCCGAGUUCUUCGAGGUAGAACUCGGCGAGUCUCUGCUUUCCAGAACUGAGACGCUCUCCUCGUUUCGAGAGUUGGGUCCGCCUGAUCUCGUCCACGUCAUCAAAACUACAGGUACAAGCGCCAGAGCUCGCGACAUUGGCUCGUAUCACUACGUCUCUGGUGUCGAUGCUUCCUCGUCCGCAGCUCUCGCCGCCUACAUCAACAGCCUCACCUACGAGCUCGACCAGAAUCCAGGUUUUUUCUCCAACAAAGUCGCCUACAAGCUCAAGAGCGGCGCGUACUGCUGCUUCAACGCCUUUUCACGCGUAGAUGUGCGUGUAGAGGUGCGCAUCCCAGGAAGUGUCGAUGCCUACGUUGUUGACUUGCGCGGAGAGCGUCACGAAACUACGCCCGAGAUCUGGCAGGAGGUCUACCUGUCGGCGCUUCUUCGAUCCAUUCUUUACGCUGACGAUGCCAACUACCGCCUGGCAGGCUAUCGAAAGCUCGACCCCAUCUCCAGUCCCGACGCCGAACAUCGCUUUCUCCAAGCGGCAGAGAACCUCUUCUUCAAAGGAUGGCAGCUCGGUUCGGAUCCCGAGAUCCAGGUCGCCACCGUUGUCUCAAAUCAUCUCACCGCAGGUAUCCUCAAGUACUUCGGCGAAGCUUCCAGGUACGAACAGGCUGUCAACCUCUUCGAAAAGCUGUGGGCAAGGGAACCAGAAGUUGCCGCUCUCGUCGCGCAAUCGUACGUUGGCAUGAACGAGGAGAUCAAAGCCGUUCAAGUCAUGCACAGCGCCGUCAAGGAAACACCCCAAUCCUACGCUCUGCUCCACGCUCAGGUCGACUUUUUGCGUUCCAAGGGCAAGCACGAAUGGGCUUUGAAGGUGGCCAAGCAGGCGGUCAACUGUGCACCCUCCGAAUUCGUCACCUGGGCCAAGCUGACUGAAUGCUACAUUGAUCUCGAGCAGUGGGAGUCAGCGCUGUACACGCUCAAUUCGUGUCCCAUGUUCACCUACAAUGAGCGCGACCUCCACCGCAUGCCUACGCCAGCACGUAGCCAUUUGCCCGUCAAGGCCUUCAUCACCGAGAGCGGCCUGGUGGACGAAGAGAGCGCACGCGACAACGAGGCGGAUGUAGCGCUUUUGCGUCUUCCUGCACCGGCGCUGCGUGGCACCUUUGCCAAGGCCUAUUCGCUACUUGGCCGUCUUGUCAGCUCGAUCGGAUGGGACGAGCUGCUCCGAUACCGCUCCAAUGUCUUUGUAAUGGAGGAAGAGUACCGUGCGCAGAAAGCGGCCACGACACAGCCCGACGACGCGACGGGUGCAGAGGACGACGCUUCGAUUCGCGGCGUGGCUCCAGUGGAUUCGCCUGCCAUUGCGUCGUCCACUCCACCGCAGCCCUCGACCGCUUCUGCUGCCGACAAAGAACUUGAUGAUUCGGCAGAUGAUUCGGCAGAUCACAGUGAGGACGAGCUGGACAGCAACGAGCUUGAGCCCGCUAACGCGGCUGCACAAAAAUCGCAGCUCGGCAUCAAUUCGGCUGCCAACGCAUCGUCGCAAUCCAUCCCCACCAUCAAGAUUUCCACCGAGUCGGAUCACGAGCGCGAGAAGCAAGAGUUGGAAGACUACAUGAAGACGAUGAAUCAGCCAUCAGGUCAGCAAGCCGGUGUAGCUGACGAUGAUGCGACGCGCAGCUCGAUCCAAGUCGAGCCCCCACCGCUCGAAAAGCCUGCACAAGCAUCGGCGGGACACGAGAGGAGCGAGUCGACGUCGACAGCUGUACCUGGCGAUCUGUCCACUGCAUCGCACAACGGCACUGGAGUAAGUCUCAACGGCAACCCUGGUCCUAUUGUCAAUGGCGAACACGAUGCGUCCAUAGCAAUGGCGGAAGCACGCCAGAAGGAGAAGAACACGGGCUUCUCGUUCCGUGACAAGCGUCUCUGCGAGCGAUGGCUCGACAACCUAUUCAUGGUGCUUUACGAAGAUCUGCGCGUCUACACCAUCUGGCGAGCCGAAAUCGCGCACUUCCGCACACAGAACCUCGCCUACCGAAAGACGGGUACCGAGUGGGAGAUUCUCGGCGAGCUCGCCCUGCGAUUGCUGCACAAGGACGAAGCUAGGGACGCCUUCCAACGCUGUGUCGACGUCAAAUUCAGCGCCAAGGCCUACCUACGUUUGUUGGAGAUCUACACCGAAGCGAGGGAUGUACAGAGGAGCUUGUGGACGGCCAUCCGAUUGACAGCGUACCAUCAUAGGUGGUACAUGGAGGGCAGCUUCCCAGGCGCGGUGGCGACGAGCCUGUUUAAACUGAUCAAGACGGAGGGUUUGGCGAAGGUUUCGUACACUUUGGUCUCGAUGAGUCCACCACCGGCGAUAUUGAGGUUGAUGCAAAACUACUUUGCGUACGCUACCGCAUUCAAGGUUCCAGGCUACGACUUCUGA